CAGGCUAUAUUUCAAUGUUUCACCCAUUACACGCCACUGGUAAAUCGGAAAGGUUCGUAAAUUUUAGCAGCUAUUUUAGGUACAGGGACUGCAUUUGAGGUUGGCACCAUCACGAUGUUCGCUGCACCACGAGUUGGCAGUGUUGGCACCUUACUUCAGAUUAUUUACAUUUUACAUGAAAAAUCCUCCGUGUGUUAUGUUAUGAUGAGUAAAAUAUUCCAAAAUGAAUAUGGUAUUUAUAUUUCCCAUAAAUUGUAUCUUGACUCUAUUUAUGAUAAUGUGAAUGGAGAAAGUUAUUCAGUGAGAGAAUCGUUAUUCAAUAUAUGCAACCCAUAUAAAAUUGAAAAGGUCCAUAAGGAGAACCAUAUAAAUGAUGAUCAUCUGCAAAAAGAACAUGAGAAUGUGAGGAGAAAAUUUCACCUUUUCAUCAGUGAUAGGGAAAUAGUGAAUUUAUUCCUAAAGGAAGUUACAAACUCAAAAAACAACAAUAACCACACUGCCUUGAAAACGGCUGAUUUGAUAUAUGAGGAAUCUGGAAAACACAAAGUUGAAAAUGCCUUUGGUGCAAAUACUGGACCUGCAGUUAAGAAAAUGGUCAACCUUUCUAUUUAUUUGUUCCCUGAAAAUUCCACAUUUUAUGCCAAGGAUGUCAGGCACAUUCAUGAACAUUUGCAAUCUAAUUACUUUGAUUUCAUUCUCCUAGAUCCACCAUGGUGGAAUAAGUACAUUAGGCGAAAAAGGAAGAAGUCCAAUGAUGCUUAUAAUAUGAUGUUUAAUCUUGAUCUGAAAAAUAUCCCCAUAGAAAAUAUUAUGAAGCCAAAUGGCCUAGUGGCUGUUUGGUGCACUAACUCUGAACAAAACUUCAAUUACCUAGUGAAUAUCAUAUUUCCAAAAUGGAACAUACAGUAUAUUGGCAAGUGGUACUGGAUGAAAAUAACCAAUCAAGGUAAACCAGUGUGUCCUUUUUCUGAGCCUCCUGGUAAACAACCUUAUGAGAAAAUUGUUUUUGGCUGUACAGAACGUUCCCAACCAAAUCCCAAAGAUGGUCAGCUAGUUGUAAGUGUUCCUAGUGCUAUACACUCCCACAAACCACCUUUAAUUGAAAUAAUGCAAGAUUUUUUACCAGCAAAUCCAGUAUGUUUGGAAAUUUUUGCUAGAUAUUUACUUCCAGGGUGGACAAGCUAUGGAAAUGAAGUACUUAGGUUACAGCAUGAGAGUAUGUUUUCUAAUAGUUGAGGAUCUUGUAAACAUUAAAAUCUGGCAAAGUUGUGCAAUUUCAGGGUGUGUAUAAUUUGCUGACUGGA